AUGUCUUCGCCUACAAUUCCCUCAGGCGAUCCACCACCUGAAAACAUCGAUACUACAACCGCAGACGUGGAUGCAGACAUGGAAGACAUAGUCCAAGAUCCUAACGCUACAACGCUCAACACAACGAGCGCAGUCAACGACGGCUCCUCAACCAUAGGCAACGACGACGCAGCGCCAGACUCAGCACAGCCACCGCCGACAUCCUCACAGACCCAAACUCAGAACCAGCAGACACAGACACAGGCACAGACACAAACACAAACACAAACACAAACACAACCCUCCACAACCGUCCCACCACCACCUCAGAGCCGCAAAGACGUCACGCUACGCGAGUUUCUCUCAAAGAUGGACGACUAUGCACCCAUAAUUCCCGACGCAGUAACAGCACACUAUCUCACUCUAGCUGGCCUCCCACCACCCAACCCGCACGACCCUACAGGCGCAAAUACAGGCGCUACACCUGUCCAACUCGCUCGACUCUUCGCGCUCGCGACGCAAAAGUUCGUUGCGGAUCUGGCUGCGGAUGCGUAUCAGUACUCGAGGAUCAGGGCGAGCAAUUCGAGUGCUGGGAAUAAUCCGUUGGCUGGCGGGGUUCCGAUUGGUGCUCCGGGCGUGGGUGGUGUGGGUGGUGCGGCUGGAGGUGCUGGUGGUGCGGUGGGGAAGGGAGCGCAGAAUACACAGUUAGGGGUGCAGAGGGCUGGGUUUGGAGGUGGUGGUCAGGGUGGGAGUGGGCAGGGGAAGACGGUGUUGACGAUGGAGGAUUUGGGGAUGGCGGUGCAGGAGUAUGGUGUGAAUGUAAGAAGGGGAGAGUUCUAUCGAUGA